AUGACGCACUAUCUAGUAUCAUCCUAUUCCCUGCUGCAUGUCAUUGAGGGACAUUCAUCCACCGGUCCUGCCGAGAAGCAAAAGGAGGAUAACGACAGCCAUAACGAUAUUUGGGCGUGCGAAUUUGAGCCCAAGGGGCCAGACGAUACAAUGACCAGCGAUAUCAUGGCUUUAUGUGGCGCUAACAACGUCCUUAUGCUGGAUGUCGCGCAAGGCCGCUACGUCAAAAAAUACAGCCAUCCGGAACCCGCGGAAGUGUUUUAUUGUUUAGCGUGGACUACGCUUACUUCAGUGGAUCUGACAGAGGACACGGAGAUCAGAGGUCAGAGUUGUAAUAUCCUCGCUGUAGCAGGACGUAUCGGCUCCAUCAAGUUACUAAAUCCGUUACAGAACGAGUGCUACCGAUAUCUGUUUGGACAUCAAAAAGAAGUGCUUAAACUCACCUUUAGCAAAUCCCGCCCUCGGUGGUUGUUUAGUGCUUCUGCGGAUAUGACGGUGCGUUUAUGGGACAUCGGGACUCCGACGAGCAAGGACGACGACUCGAUAUGCUUUGCAAAGUUCACGUUACCCAGUGUAUCCGAGAUACCUUGCGCGGUAUAUCCUGCUAUUGAUCUGUCGAGCGUGAUUGUGGGUUGCUCGAAUGGCACCAUGGCACGUUACAACUUGUUGCCAAAAAUUCUCAACUGGCUAACUGAGAGAUGCGAAAAUCGCGAUCUCAACAUGACAACGGUAACCCCGACCAUGAUAUAUCCUCGAGGAGAUGAAUGGCACGAAGGCUAUGUGGACGAUGUGUAUAUUAUUGGGCACGAGCAUUAUGACGAUCCGCUGGAUGGAUAUAUCGUGUCAAGAGGAUCAGACGAUAUGGAAGUCAUUGUAUGGGACCCAAAAACGAGCAAACCGUCUGAAGUAGACAUUGCCAUCUCGCUUCGUUGGCCAUGGUCCGAGGAGGAGUCAGGCUUGCGUUUCAAGAUAAUAAAGUCAUCGUUGCUGGCGAUUACAGCGGCGAUGUUCGGAUUUUUGAUAUUAGCAAUGGCGUUCGCAGCAAAACACUUUCAGAUAACAGCAAAGAAGCAUUUGAACCUACAAAGGUAA